CUCUUUUUUUAAAAAUAUUUCGCUCAUGCGCAGCACGCAUUAGAGAGUACUCACUCUCUCUAAAAACACACUUGCACUUAAAUAUUUACAUACAUACUUACAAACAUACCACUCAUGCACGUAUGAAAAUGUACAAAUUCCUUUGGAGAAAAACGAUUAGAGCUAAGCUAAAUGUCAGUAGCGAGCACGGCGGCGUUGACAAAGGCCACAGGAUACAAAGGACGAAAAGAAAUCGAAAGUCAUAUCUGAAGGCAUUGCCAAAAAGUUUAUACACUCUCUUGCAUGUUGGAUAUACAGACAGACGGUAGUGGUGUGCUAAAUGAAAAAAGGCAUUGAAAAGAAAAAUUUGAAAAUAAAAUUUAACUAAAUAAAUACAAUUUAAUAUAAAAUAAAAAAAUCAACGAAAGUACCUAACUGUUGCGUUUUGUUUCACUUAUAAAUCGGCAGCUAAGAAAUGUGGCAAAAUUUUAGUCAAAUAAAUCUGCAACAGCACAAACGAAUUAGUGGAGCAAUAGGAUUUUUGCUGCCGCUUUUGCUGCUUGUUUCCCUUUGUGAUGGCCUACAAUUAGGCGCUUUCACCACCAAAACGCCCAGGGUCACCAAGUAUACGACAAAGCCAGCGUCGUCCUCGUCAAUGAAUCACGAAGCCACCACAUCAAUUUAUCGCCUCAAUGCCACCAAUGGAAUCACUUGCAUUUUGGUCAGCGUGGAUGGUUUGAUUAGCAUUAAAUAUCGAAAUAAAUUGAAUGAGGAUGUCGAGGCGGACCUCUACCUUCCCGAUGAUCCCAAGUUAAGCGGCGAAUGUGUGGAGUCCAACUACGAAACAUUGCGGUUAGAGUUCAAAGGAUUCGUGCUGACGAUGACAUUCCGCAAGUCCUCUGGUGGUGAAGGCUGGUACAUCAACCUAUUCGAACUCACUUACUCUUCAUCGAAUUCGCUCUUCGAACAUCCUGAUCGCCCCAAUUUGGAUGUAAAGCUCACUUCUCCAGCACACACACCCAUGUACUUUCCAACGCCCGUCGGCAAAUCCUAUGUCUGCGAUAAAGAGCAGAGCGUCGUUCUGUAUGCGCCAAUCGAUUCGGGUGAUAUGUCUGGCCAUAUUGCGCGCCUCUAUCUGCGUGAUCUGCAUAUGCAAAGCUUUAUGUUCAAGGAGAGUGGCAAGUGGGGUCCACCGUUCCAUUGCAGUGCCACUGGGUCAUAUCGCGAUGAGACAGCACCACUAGCAGUGGGCACUGCGUUGGCGAUAGCUGUGCUGCUGACCAUUUCCGGCUAUGGUGGAUGGCGCUAUUUCAAGAUCAAGAAAGUGCAAUAUGGCUCGAUGGAGUAAGCUGGAGUGGCUUGAUGUAAUGUGUAUGUAUGUACAGUUACUUCGACAUUUACGUACCUACUAAAGUAUGCACCGCAGAUUUUACAAUAUGCAUGUAUGUAUAUUGUGAAUGGUUCCGCUUAAUGAUAAACAUCUGCUAAACAAAUUUGUUAUUGCUCCUAAUAGAAAUUUACAAAAUAGUAUUUUAAAAUAAACUGAUGAAAAAGAAAAAAAUAAAAUUAUCUGAAGGAGUAAAAUUAUUUCGUUAUUCGGUAGUGUAUUUGAAAAUAUGCAGCAAAAUACGCUGUGCCAAAUGCAUGGCGAUGAAGCGGAGAAAUUGUAAGCGAAAUAACAAAUGUACUUAAGUACAUAAAUAUUUACGUGCAUGAGAAUUGCAAAAAGUCUUCCAUUAUUGUUAAAUAAAUAAAAAACGAACCAAAUUACGCAUAAUGAAUGUAAAUGGACACUGCAAUGUGAACAUAUCCUAAUCUACACACACCUAUAUAUGUAUAUUAUAUGCACAUUCAAAAUAUUUUUGAUGAGUAUGUUUAAAAAAAACGAGUUUUGUAAAUAUAAAACUAGUAAAAUUUGAACGCUGAUACUAUGAAAGCGCUUUCUCUUCAAAAUGAAAAUUAAAUUGAACUCGGUUUUUAAUUACAAAAUAUAGAAAAUUAUUUGCAGACGUUCAAGAAUUUCGAACGGUAUUAUCAAUUUCCAAUAUUAAAUUUUACCUUGAAUCGCAUAAACAUUCAUACCACAUAUGAAAUCUAAAUGUUGUUAUUUCUUGCAAAAAAAAGAAUGUAUGCACACACAUAUAUUAUGUAUUUAAAAAUACAUAUAACACCACGGAAGCUCUUGGUUAAAUUGUCACAAAUUUAGCUUUCUUCGUUUAAACAUUUUGUUAAUUUACUUUCUAAACAAAAAAAAAUGUAGUAAAAAUUUAAUGUUUUGCAUAUAAAAAUUUAUAUCUAUGUAAAGAAUAAAUAAGAUGCUGUAACACUUGAAAUAUAAUACUAAUGUUAAAGCUGAAUUGAAAAAUAUUUGAUAUAAAAAAGAAAAUACUGUUUAUAAGAUAAAUUAAAUUAAAAAUUAAAUUCAUUAAUAUAUUACCGCAUUAUUACCUAAUAAAAAGAUUUUUAUAAAUUUGCAAAUUUAAGUUUUAGAGAAUUAUUAUACAUUUGCAUACCUAAGAAGUAUAUACAAAACAAAAAAAGUACCUAAACAUUACUAAGCAUCAGAACUUGACAUUAGAUACCACUGAAAAUCAUUAAGAGAAAAGGUUCUUUAAAUUUAAUUUGCCGAUUUGUUAUUAAAUUAUAGAAAAGCAUUAGUAUCGAUCUACUAGAAUUCAUGUCUGAUAAAGCAUAAUUUGGUUAAUCGAAAGUACUAAAAAUUCGUACGCUGAAAUGUAAAUAGUUGAGUACCCAAUUUCCCUAAAAAAAUUGAUACUUAUUAUACAAAAUUACCUAUAUAAAUACCGAAAAUAAAUAAACAUAUUAAACA